GUUUGCGGGCAGGGCCGCUCCGCCGCCGGCCGCCCAGCCCCGCUCCCGGCCAUGGCCCGGCCGAGCCGCCCCGGCCCCGGCCCCGCGGAGCGGCUGCCGGAUGCCCCCCUUCCAGUGGUGCAACGGGUGCUCCUGCAGUCUGGGGCUGAUUCAUACCAGUAAACCCUGCACGAUGCCUCCCAUCACGUUCCAGGACCUGCCACUGAACAUCUACAUGGUCAUUUUCGGCACCGGCAUCUUUGUCUUCGUGCUCAGCCUCAUCUUCUGCUGCUACUUCAUCAGCAAACUGCGGCACCAGGCUCAGAGCGAGCGGUUCGGGUACAAGGAGGUGGUUCUGAAGGGCGAUGCCCGGAGGCUGAACGUGCACGGGCAGACCUGUGCCGUCUGCCUGGAAGAUUUUAAGGCGAAGGAGGAGCUGGGGGUGCUGCCGUGCCAGCACGCCUUCCACAGAAAGUGCCUGGUGAAGUGGCUGGAGGUGCGCUGCGUCUGCCCCAUGUGCAACAAGCCCAUGGCGGGGCCGGCACCGCCCCGCGCCGGCAUCGGCACCCUCCUGGACGAGCUGGUGUGAGCACAGACCCCCCACACUCCACACCCGACACAUCCUGGCAUCGCGGGAACCACCGCUCCCCACCCGCAUGUCCCAGGGCACCGAACGCCAAGGAUUCUGGGAUUUCCAAGUUGGGUUUUUUUAACUCGCAGGUCGUUUUGGGGUGGGGGUUUUUUUUGGGGGGGGGGGGGGGGUGUUUGUUUUUUCACGGAGUGCUCCACGUGGAAAGGAGCCCCCCGCCCCCCCUCUUCCUCCUCCCUCUUUGCUGCACAGAGUAUUUUUGUACCUGAUCCCCGCCCGCGGAAGGGGGCGGCUGUACAGUUUUGUGUAAAAAAAUGAAUAAACAGACAAUUUCUCAGCCUGCCUGAA